AUAUUUCCCUUUGAGCACCCCUUCUUCUCUCUCUUUCCAGACAACUACUGUUUCUUUGAUUGUUUCCCUAGAAUAUUGUUGUUGCCCCUGUUUCCUUGAUAUUUUGGUUUGAUUUUGUUUGAAGGGUUUAGAUAAAUUUAUCCCUGGAAGAGAAUGGCGAGAAAGAAAAUUCAGAUCAAGAAGAUUGACAACGUGGCAGCAAGGCAGGUGACUUUCUCAAAGAGGAGAAAAGGACUUUUUAAGAAAGCUCAUGAGCUUUCCACUCUUUGUGAUGCUGAGAUAGCUCUUCUAGUCUUUUCAGCCACUGGAAAGCUCUUUGAGUACUCCAGCACAAGUACGUGGCAGGUGAUUGAAAGGCGCAAUCUGGAGUCAGAAAGGUUUGACAGAUUGGACACCAUUCCAUCUCUUGAGCUGCAGCUUGAGAGUAGCACUUAUGCUAUGUUGAGUAAGGAAGUAGCAGAAAAAACCCAAGAACUGAGACAGUUGAGAGGAGAGGAGCUCCAAGGUUUAGACUUAGAAGAAUUAAAGCACCUAGAGAAAUUACUCGAAGGAGGCCUGAGCCAAGUUACGAAAACAAAGGAUGAGCGAUGUAUGAAAGAAAUCAGCACCCUCAAGAGGAAGGGAGCUGAACUGAUGGAGGAAAACCAGCUAUUGAAACAGCAAAUGGAGAAUUUACCUCAUGUGGUGGAAGCAGUUGUAGCUCAUCAAGGCCAAUCAUCAGAGUCAAUUGCUCAUGUUCAGAGAUCUGGAGAUCCUCCUCAGGGGUAUAAUAGCUCUGACGUUUCUCUCAGAUUGGGGUAAGUAGUCAUGUAACAUUUUGCAUCUAUAAUUUUAGAUGAAUCAGAUUUUGAUAUUACUACCAAAUAUAGCAACAGCACAAAUAAUGGAUCCAUUUAUCUCUGUUAAAACAUUGUAGUUGCUUUACAAAAUUACUUGGUUGUUGGUACUGCAAAUACUGAAUUGCUUCUCUUUCUGCUAUAGCCUGGCCUGAGUGUAUCAUCGAAUGCCUUUCUGCAGGUUACCUCUCCCCGACUGUUGAAAGGUUUGAGAGGAUGUUGUGAAGAAGUGAUCAUGAUCUUGCAUAAUCUUAUCAUUAAAAUAUAGAACCUG